CCGUAACAACCAGCCCUGAGAGACCCUCCCGAAACACCCCGCCCUGAGAGACCCAUCCCCUAACACCCCGCCCUGAGAGACCCUACAAUAACACCCCCCCAUGCGGCCGAGAGACCCUCCCCCUAACAACCCCCCCGUGUGGCCGAGAGACCCCCCCAGUAACACCCCGCCCUGAGAGAUCCUACAAUAACACCCCCCCCAUGCGGCCGAGAGACCCUCCCCUAACAACCCCCCCGUGUGGCCGAGAGACCCCCCAGUAACAACCAGCCCUGAGAGACCCUCCCAUAAUGCCCCCCAUGCAGCCGAGAGACCCUACAAUAACAAACCCGCCCUGAGAGACCCUCCCGUAACACCCCCCCAUGCAGCUGAGAGACCCUCCCGUAACACCCCCCCCAUGCAGCCGAAAGACCCUACAAUAACAAACCCGCCCUGAGAGACCUUCCCAUAACAACCAGCCCCAAGGGACCCUCCCAUAACACCCCCCCAUGCCACCGAGAGACCCUCCCAUAACAAACCAGCCCUGAGAGACCCUUCCCUAACAACCCCCCCAUGCGGCCGAGAGACCCUCCCAUAACACCCCUCCGUGCGGCCGAGAGACCCUCCCAUAACACCCCCCUGUGCGGCCGAGAGACCCCCCAGUAACAACCAGGCCUGAGAGACCUUCCCAUAACAACCAGCCCCGAGAGACCCUCCCGUAACACCCCCCCAUGCCACUGAGAGACCCUCCCGAAACAAACCAGCCCUGAGAGACCCUUUCCUAACGACCCUCCCAUAACACCCCGCCCUGAGAGACCCUCCCGUAACACGCCCCCAUGUGGCCGAGAGACCCCCUCCCGAGUAACAACCCCCUCUGAGAGACCCUCCCGUAACACCCCCUAUGCAGCUGAGAGACCCUCCCAUAACAACCCACCCUGAGAGACCCUCCCAUAACACCCCCCCCCAUGUAGCUGAGAGACCCUCCUGUAACAACCUGCCCUGAGAGAUCCUCCCGUAACAAACCUCCUGUCUGAUCCAGGAGCCGGCCAUGUUGGGAGCUGCCCAGGACAACGGAGAGUGAGCCAAGAGCUAAUAGUGAUUCCUCCAUCAGCUCCAGGUCUCUGCUUUUGGGACAGGAGCUGAGUUUUGGAUGUACAGCUACUGAGAUGCAGCCACCUCUGGGGCAGGGCAAGUGGGGAACGGCCACACAUGGGCUUGCCUGGCGCUGAGCUGCAGCCACCUCUGGGGUGAGACAGCAAGCUCCAGCAGAGACCCUGCUUCACGUUGUCAGGGAUGCAGCAUAGUGGGAACCGGGUCAGUCCCAGGAUCCUAGAGACACAAGGCGGGGGAGUGAUUCGGGGCAAGUUCAUGGGGGUCACUCCACUGAACUCCAGCAGCAACACCCAGAAGUUCGAGUCCUGGAUUCGCUACAAGAUUAAAAUCACCAAGACCUACAAGGGGCUCGAGUCCCAGGGGAACGGCAUCUUCAUAGACUCCUUGGAGCAGGAGACCUUCUGUGGGUACCAGCACCGGGCGCCUCUGAACGGGGAGGAGUACCUCAUCAUGGCUGAGCGGCAGGACAAGCACCUGAUUAUUUCAUUGUGUUCCUUCGUGCGCCCCUGGGGGCCGCAUCCCCCCAGCCAGCGCCACGGGAUCAGCCAGGCCUAUGGACGGGGCUGCACCUGCCAGGUGGUGCCCUGUGAAUUCAGGCCAUGCGAGCUGUUGGGCGACGCCCAGUGCCUCUGGACCGAUGGGCUGCUGGACCAGAGCUGGCAGGGGCCCCAGGCCCAGCGUCUGGCCUGCCUGCCCCGCCCCAGCCAGGGGGCGCCCCCGGAGCCGACCCCCUUCUGCAUCUGGGAGACUCUCAAGAGCAGACCCUCAAGAGCAGCGAUCUGCCCUGGACUGUGCCCCCUCCGAAACACCCCCUGACCUCCACCCCAACCCCCUGAACUGUCACCCCCUCUCCCUUUGACCCACCCCGAACUUUAUUCCCCGACCCAAGCUCGGGCUCGGUUAAAAUGGUGUUGCUGAGUUUGAUUCUUAAAUAAAUAAAUUGCUGGAACCCA